AACAAUUGUCCACGCUUGGAGCAUCUCGACCUCAGCGGCAAUGAACUCACUGAGUUUCAGAUUAGUUUUCAGUUUUAACUCAUCGACUAAGAAGCAAUUUCCAUUGCGAUUAUUGGAUCUCUCAUUCAACAAGAUAAGUGUGCUUCGCGAAAACCAUUUCGAAUUCCUGGGUGAACUUGAAAUACUGGACUUAUCUCACAAUAAAUUCACCACCCUGAAGAGUGUUCACUUAUCAGGUCUGACUUCCUUACGCCAUCUGUAUUUGGCGUCAAACUACAAAAUGAAGAUACAAGAACACACAUUUGAAGCACUCGAGCGUCUGGAGGAGCUUGACUUGUCCCACACUGGUCUCGAAAAUCUGGAUCCGCAUCUCUUCGGCUACAAGCAGGUGGACAAACAAGGACUUUAUGAGUACUUGCCAAUGGCUCACAUGCGACAGCUUAAAUUAGACGGAAAUAAACUUCAGCAUCUGGACCCUAGAGCCUUUGAGAAAUUGCCUUUUUUGGAUACACUCUUGCUCGCCGAUAAUGCAUUGCGUGUUCUUCCUGUGGGCCUUUUUGCUCCAAUACAAAAUCUGACGGUGCUUCAUGUGGGUCACAAUCAAUUGACGAAGAUAAGCAUAGAUCUUCUGGAGACUAUAAGCAACAUCACGGUUCUACAUAUUGACUAUAAUCAGCUGACUAUUCUACCCGACUUGAAUGGGACGCUACCCCAUUUGAAGAGUAUGGCCAUCGAGGGAAAUCCCUGGCAAUGCGACCUCUUUGCCCAAACGGAGCGUUGGCUGAUCUCAAGAAAAAUAGCGUAUAUAAAGCUUGACUACGACUCUUUUAGCAGCGAUGAGGAGCUGCCCCUCUGCAUUUAA